AUGGCGCUGCCGAUGGACCCGCCCGACGUCGAGAUGGAGAUGGACCCCGCGCCCCAGCCUCCGGCUCCGGCGGUCGCUCCGGCGCCGGCAGCGGUUGGGGAGGGGUGGAGCAUGCUGUCCCGCGCCCGCGGGCUGCUCGAGGAGGGCAAGCCGUCCCUCGCUCUGCAGGCGGUUCUCUUGGCCAUAAGAUCUCAAGGUGGUGAACAAGCUCUCAUGCAGACAAUGAACCGAGCGCGUGAACUAUAUGCGCAGAGAUUGCAGGCCACUCCUAGUGUUGAUGAGCUUGCCUCUUUGCUUGCCCAAUGUGCCAUAGCAGAGGCUCAGUCAUCAAAUACUAACCCUCCACAAGGACCUGGGUCAGACCCUGUCGAUAUGCUGAAUUCUGAUGAGGCCUGCAUUCUUGCUGAGAGUGGAAGGAAGCAGAUCAUCCUGGAUGCGUUUGCUGAUGGGAGCAGCUUCAUUUGCUUGAAAUGUGGCGGGCUCUUUAGCACGUCUCGCAAGGACGAGCACUUAGCCUACUGGUGCGGGACUGCAUGA